UAUAAUCGUUAAUUUGGAUAAUGAUGCCUCCACCUGAUCGCAUAAAUUAUGCUGAAAUGAAAGUUUAAGUAUUAUAUCAUCUUAUCUAUUAGAGGAUUCAAAUUCCUGUUUAAGUUGCUGUGCUUAAGCCCGUUUAUGUUGAUUGUCCAUACCCAUCCUAUGUGUUUGUUGAAGGCGAAAGUCAAGCCAAGUUAUUGGAAAAGAAAUAUGGAAAUUGGAAACAAUUCUUAAAUGAGCCUCAAUUAAAGACUUAAAUUAUGCAGCUAUUUAGUGAUAGCGACGACUCUGAUUCUGAAUAAGAAAAAAAAAAAAAAAAGAAAGUCAAAUCAUCCAAAACAAAAGCAUUAGUCAAUACAAAGUCAUCCAAAGAAAUAAAAGGAAUUUAAGAACAGCAACAACAAGUUUAGUAAUAGUAAAUUCAGCCUUAACAAUUUAAUUAAACAUAUUCUUAAACCGAUUAGAAUAACAAUUAUGUUAGACCACCAAUCUUUUUGGAUGAUAGAGGAGCUAAUUUUUAAAAAUAAUAUGGCAAUCAAACUCAAUUAUCAAGAACUCAAUUAUCAAGAACUCAAACAUAGAAUUUCCCAGCACUGAAUGUUCUUCAAACUAGGUAAUCAAUAUUGUUAUUUUUAGAAAUGAAACCAUUCCAAAUAAUGCUUCAAAUGUUUCAAGAGGAAGAUAAGAUCUCUAAAAUUAUAAGAGUAUAUUUAUUCAUUUUACUUAGCUUUCCUUUAAAAAUCGUAAUAAACUCUUUUACCUGCAGGAGAGGCUGGUAAAUCUAGAUAUGAAUAUUAGAAUGUCUGAGAUAUAUUAUUUAUUACUUAUCCAUCA